AUGAUGGAUAGAGGAUUGCAGAGCCCGCUGCGGCCGCAGGAUGUGUUCACCGGCGACCUGUCCAUCGCACAGCUCAUCGACAUGCACUCUAACACGGCACAGAAGUUCGAAAAGAAGCGUCUGUCGAUCUUCAAGGAAGAGAAUCGGCUUCCCCUGGGCACGUAAUACCAACGGACAAUGCGCGUGUGUCUCCCCGGCUAUCUUUCAUUUCAUGCUGUGUGCUCAGGACAUCCUUUCUGUUUGAGACGUGUUGGGCGCUGGGUGUGAGUGACGCCGUGCGGUACUCAGCCUAUCUCGUGCUGAAGCAGGGCGUGGCCGCCCGCCAAGAGAUGCCGCGCACAAGUGGGGCCCUCGAAAUCCACUGCCUGGCCGCCAUCUCACUCGCCUACAAGUGGCACACGCGCGAAGCCAUAGUCAACAACAUCAGCAAACACACAAAGGUAGCUAUAACCAACACACACACACAGACGUCACAUGUCUCCCUCCCGUCGUGUGUGUGUCUCAGGUUGGCGUGAGUGAUGUGUUGUGUGCGGAGAGGGAGAUCAUGAGCACGACAGGAGUCGAUCUUCUGCACGACAACGUCAUCCUCUCCACCUACCUCGACCUCAUGAGCACCGCUCUUUUCGCCAGCAUCAAAGAAGACACCAAUGACGAACUCAAGGUGCUAGACAUGCUCGUCAUCCAUACAUGUCUUCCUCCUUGUUAAUUUGCGUGGCAGCUCAUUCGGGCGACGGCCAUGUCCCUCUCAGACUUGGUAAAACGUGCAACAUCUGUUCUCUUACGUUCACCUCAUUCGUUGUGUCCAUGUAUUUUAUCUUACACAACAGAUGCACGAGAGUGAGGAGCUGUUUGAGCGCCACCCCUUCCCCCUGCUGGCGGCCGGCUGUCUGCACGGUUCCAUGAGCAUGGCGUGCCACUCACUCCAUGAGCCCGUCGAGGACCUGUGUCGCAUGAUGGGUCUUGACAAGCAGCAGCUCGAGGUGAUUACAGAGGACGUGCUGAGUACCACACUGCACACACACGGCAUCAAACUCAUGAGCAGGUUCCAGUCGUGA